AUGGAACAAGGGUUUUAUAUUACUACUGAUAACUAUACAUGCAACACUGCGGAUAAUCUCGGCAAUGGGGCUACAGCGUCAGUUUAUCUCGGGCAUAACCGGGAAACUGGAGAACCAGUUGCUAUGAAAAUUUUUAAAGAUUCGAGCGAGUUUCAUAAGCAUAUGAAAAAAGAAAUUGAGUUUUUGAAAACUAUAAAUCAUUAUAAUAUAAUCAAAUUUAUUUCGAGUGAAAAAGAAAUGCUGAACAAACAACAAGUGUUAAUUCUAGAGUACUGUUCAACGUCUGUCCAUAAGAUGUUAGAAACUCCCGAGUAUAAAUACGGACUCGGCGAAAAAGAGUUAGUAUUAUUUUUAAGAAACAUUACUUCAGCAAUGAAUUAUCUUAGAUUGUAUGGAUAUGUGCAUAGAGACAUAAAACCUGGAAAUAUACUAAAAAGAAUUGACGAAUAUGGACGAAACUCUUUUGUGUUGGCAGACUUUGGUGCGAUUAAACAAUUAUCUAAAGAUGAAAAGUACUACUCUAUACAAGGUACUGACGAAUAUUUACAUCCUAGAGUUUAUAAAGCUGGAGUGUUAAAAGAGUUUCAAAGUUUCACAGGUUAUACGGAAGCUUGCGACUUGUACAGUUUGGGAGUAACCAUAUAUCAUGUAAUAACUGGUCAAUUACCGUUUCGACCGUUUUUGGGACGAUUGGAUAAAACAACUAUGUCAAAAAUAAUCACCGAAAAAAAACCGGGUGAAAUGUCCGGUAUUCAAUACGAGAAAGGCGGACCAAUUGUAAAAGCCAAUUGCGAGUUAAAAGAGUUAAAGACUAUUGGAAAACGCGUACGCGUAACUACGAUAGAUCAAGCUAAAGACUCUAGUUUCGCAAAAGUAUUAAGGUGGGACUUUCCAGUAAAUGCGCAAAACUUUAGCGUUGAAGAUGUAGAACCGCUUGUGCAUAAUGAAAUAGUUGCUAGCCGCGAUGAUAAAGAAAACGAUGAUAAAGAAAACAAUAAUAAAGAAAACGAUAAAAAUGAGAGCGAAACGGAGGACGAGAGUGAAGAAGAAUCUACUGAAGAUUCAUACGACUCAUAUCAGGAAAGGGAAGACCGGAGACGAGAGGAAAGACGCGAGAACAGAAAGUAUCAAGAAAUAAUGUAUGAUCAACGAAAAACUCGAAUGGCGGAGGCUAAAGAUUUUAGAAUCGAAAGCCAUCGUGAAAGAAUUGCGAAAAAAGAAAAGCUGUUGCCUAAACUCGGCAUUUUGCAAAAACAAGUAGACGAGGAAAAACUGGACAAGGAAUACGCUCAAAGAGUGCUUGACAAUAUCGAAGUGAAAAUUCCGAAAGUUUUAAAAUCUACCUUCUAUUACCCGAAAGCAAUAAGUAAACUCGUCAAUAAACUGGAAAAAAAACGAACCGCGUACUCUGAACAGUUGCGAACGGGAAUUUUCGAUAAAGUGUUUAUGAACGAAAAGCUCGCUGAAGUCAAACAAGCCUUGGAUAUAAUAGAGCAGGACGAUGCCGAUUCUUUGAUCGCGCCGCAUAACGAGAGUCAUUCGUCGCAGUAUAGUCCACUACCCAGUACGCCUUCCGAUUCUACGACAUUAAGCUCUACGAACGAUUCUUGA